AUGACUAUCAAGCAGAAACCGAACUUCAUUGUGGUGGUAGCAGACGACUUGGGCUUCACUGAUUUAAGCCCUUUCGGAGGUGAGAUCGAUACCCCAAACCUUCACAAAUUGGCACUCAAUGGCCUCAGAUUCACCGAUUUCCAUACAGCUUCGGCAUGUUCACCUACAAGAUCGAUGCUUCUUUCCGGUACUGACAACCAUAUAGCUGGGUUGGGUCAGAUGGCCGAGAUUGCCAGAAAUUAUCCUCACCUUUUUGCAGGCAAGCCCGGCUACGAAGGUUAUUUGAAUUACAGAGUCGCCGCCUUAUCGGAGAUUUUGGAGGAUUCUGGCUACUACACGUUCCAAAGUGGAAAAUGGCACUUGGGUCUCACCGAGGACUACUGGCCUUCUAAGCGAGGAUUCCAGAAAUCCUUCACUUUACUUCCAGGUGCCGGUAACCACUUCAAGUACUUUCCAAUUGAUAAAGACCACGGGGGACCAGCCAAGUUCAUGGCCCCCAUCUUUCAGGAAAAUGGUGUAUCCGUCGAUCCCUAUAGUCUCCCCGAGGACUACUACAGCAGUGACUAUUUCACGACAAAGUUUUUGGAAUUUUUGGGGGAUGACAAGGAAAGAGACCAGCGUCCAUUCUUUGGGUUUUUGACAUACACCGCUCCUCACUGGCCUUUCCAAGCGCCAGAAGAUGUGAUUGCAAAGUACAGAGGUAAGUAUGACGGAGGACCCGAGCUUUUGAGAAGAAAACGUCUAGACAAGGCAUUGGAAUUGGGCAUUAUUCCUGAAGGCGUUAUUCCUCAUGAAGUCAUCACCCAGAGAGACAAGGCGUGGAAGGAUUUGAGUGACAAGGAGAAGAAGGUUGAGAGUCGUAUCAUGGAAACAUAUGCUGCAAUGGUCGAUAUUGUAGACCAGAACCUUGGCCGUCUUAUUGACCAAUUGGAAAAGACCGGUGAGCUUGAUAACACGUUCAUUCUUUUCAUGUCUGACAAUGGUGCAGAGGGUAUGAUGAUUGAAGCUCUUCCUCUCACAAAUGCCAAUUUCAACAAAGCGAUUGAGAAGGACUACGACAACAGCUUCGACAACAUCGGUAAGAAAAAUUCCUUUGUUUGGUACUCUGACCAAUGGGCACAGGCUGCCACGGCGCCAGCUUACAUGUACAAGUUGUGGGCCAGUGAGGGAGGUAUCCGCUGUCCGUUGAUUAUCCAUCAUCCAAACGCCAUACCCGAGAAGAACAGAGGAAAUGUGAAACACGGCUUUGCCACUGUCAUGGACAUUUUACCUACGAUCUUGGACUUGGCCGAUGUGCAGCAUCCUGGUACUGACUUCAGGGGAAGGACUGUGGUGAAGCCAAGAGGUUUGUCAUGGAAGAAGUACAUUACUGGAGAAGCUGAUUUUGCCCAUGACGAAAACUCCGUCACUGGAUGGGAAUUGUUUGCCCAGCAGGCCAUCAGAAAGGGCAAGUGGAAGGCUUUGUUCAUUCCCAAGCCUUUGGGUCCAGAUAAAUGGCAGUUGUUCGAUUUGAAGGCAGAUCCAGGUGAGCGUAUCAACCUCGCUGAACAAGAGCCCCAGAUCCUCGAAGAAUUGCUUGAUCACUGGAGUCAGUACGAAGCCGAGACGGGCUUGGUAAAGUUUGGCGAUGAGAUGUACGAAAAUGCCGACUGGGACCCAAAGAUCUUGUAUCAUACUAACCCCCAGAAACGCAAUGACUACCAGGGAUUUGCCAAAUACACGGAAGCCUACACUCCUCCUGCUGUCCAGCAGCCCCGUUCUCAAAGUAUGACCAACGCUUCGCUGGCUGCUUUGGCUGCUUUGGCGAUGCACAAUAAGAACAACCAGGCGGGUUCGGAGCAAUCUUACAACCCAUCGUUGCAGGCCUACCAGGCCAGUGGUCGGGCUAACUCCCUAGCUGGAAACAGAGCCAACUCCAUGCGCUCAUACACUUACAAUCCCAAGCCCUCCUACCAGGCUGGGCCUGCGGCCAAUAGAAGCUACUCCUUGAGAUCAAACUCGCUCAGAGGGGCCCCUCCAAUCAGAUCAAACUCUCUUUCCCAAAGACCAGCCCCUGCAGCAGCAAGAACACCCCAGGUUCAGAGGGCAAGCUCCUUGACGCAGAAACCUACGCUGAUUGGCCGGACCGGCUCCUUGACUCGCAGCCCCUUAAGUCAGAGAGCAGGCUCUCUUACGGGAUCUCAACGCGGGCUCAACUCCUUGCAGGGAUUCAACGAGGAGGACGAGGAGUUCAACGAGGAUGAUGUGAUCUCCACAACAAAAACUACAAAGGUCGUGGACUCUAUGGGAAGAACAUGUUCCAUCACCACCGAGACCAUCAGAACCUUGCCCGAUGGUUCCAAUGUGGUCGAGACCACCACCAAGAACCUCUCGAGACCUACCUCCAGGUCCAACUCCUUCCGCAAUAAUUCCUUGACUAUAAACCACUCAAACGCUAAUUAUAACUUGAACAAGAUCGACGAGGACCUCCAGGACUUCGAUUACAACUACUUGGAUCAGCAUCCGUCGCAGCCGCCCAGGCUCAAUUACGGUCAUGAGGAACCAAGCAGAGAAAGCAGUAAUUCCCAGUCUCUUGGACCCGCUUUCGAUGCGCCUUCGAGAUCAAAGGAGUUUGUUCAGAAUUCUGCUCCUCCUCCAACACGAGAGCAGAUCGAACCUACUACCUCCCCACUGAACUCGGCAUCUCCUCGCCUCAAGUCCAUUUUGAAACACAGCCCGAAUGUACCUCGCCCUAUCCUGCCUCCGGAUGUAUCUGCUGACCGCUUAAAGCAUAAUCUUAGCCCGAAUGAAGGCGACUUUAAGGACGCACAUGAUCAGCUUCAUGAUCCCUACAGUCAGCCUCAAAAGGCCACUGUCGCUUCCAAUGCCUCCGGUGGUAACUCGAUUAAGUUCUUAGAACAAGUUGAGGAAAUUCCCUACGAAGCAAACUCACAAAACCUUGCCGAGUUUAGCCGAGCUGAAGCACUCAAGCAAGAGAAGGAGAAGCAGGAUAGCAUUCUUAUGUACGAGCAAGCUAUGAAGGUUGCAAUGGAGAGGGUGUAUGGUACAUCUGAACCACCAGCCCUGGCUCUUACACCUCCACAGACUCCAAAGGAACAGUUUGAAAGUCCACAAGCUAAAGUCGAUGAUCUAGCAGAUAAGAAGGUAAAGAAAGAUCAUAAGAGAGAGAAGGAUGAAGGUGGUAUCAGCACGAACUAUAUCUACGAGAAUCAUCACAAGGACUUCGCAAUGCGCUCUCUUCGUGGUGAAGAUGAUCCCGGUAGCAGUUCUAGAAAAGAGCGUGCCAAAGAGGAGAAGAGACAGAAGAAGGAGGAAGAGAAAGGAAAAGCUGAGCUUCUCAAGUUGGCUGAGAAGGAGAGAAAGAAUGAUGAAAAGGAGGAGUCAAAGAGACAGAGAAAGAGCUCGAAAAACCCUCUUUCGUUCCUAGGCAUCAAAAUGAGAAGAGGAAGUCAGGGCUCAAUCACCUCUUCUUCUUUCAGUGGUAACCGUCAAGAGAAGGCACAUGAAGAGCUACUGCAAUUCUCAUCCGAGUCUGGAAGCAAGGCCUCGCCACAGCAGCCUGUCACCAAGGCGGAGGAGCAGUCAGCUUUAGUCGAGGAAGCACCAAUUAAUUCCAAUUCCUACAACAACCCUUACAGCUUUCCUCAGAAGAACGAAGCUGCCAAUGUUGACACCAAAUUAGCAUCUGCUGGCAAUCGUGAUACUGCUCGUUUGCAAGAGUCCACUUACGCUACACCUACAUCCAAGACUCCACCUACUUUCGACAACUCGAUCGACAAGACGGUGGCCGAUACCCCAACAGAAGAGGUGUUCGCUAAACCAGAACGUCAUGACCUCAGUGUGCCUCCAAGAUCACCCCUUAGAGACUCAAGUGCGGUGGAAAAGGAGAGACACUUGAGAUCGCUCUCGGAAGGUAGCAACAUGACUGAUUUCCUAAAUGAGCCGGCACAACUAGAGAAACCUGUUCCAAUUGGCGAAGUUGAUGAGGCGUUCCACGAUUCUAGAGAUGACUUCAUUGACGUGCCUGAAGAAUAUAAUGACGAGCCCAACAAUGCUGAUGGGGGCGUUCCUGAGACUUUGAUUGACCAAGAGCCAUAUAAAGUUAUCGACGUACCUGCUUCUUCGCGGGAAGGAGGCGUCGUUUCCGAUGUGAAGUCCCCAUCUGCUGCUAAGGCUAAUCAGACUGAGCCUGUCCCCGAAGCAGCCGAUGUUCCAGAACGUCCGCAAUCAACAGAGCAACGCGCUGGUGGUAACUUAGAAACCACUUCUAGAGCACAGCCUGAAGAUGUCCUGAAACAAGCUGUUGGUGGAGAGCUCCCUACUAUUGUGGCAGGUGAAAACAACCAUCCAGUUGUAUUGGGCCAGACCGCGGAGAAGGAUCAAUCGUAUGACUAUAGCACCCUUGAUCCGGGAUCUCCAAGCUCCAAAGGUGCAGCAACUCAAACAAGGAAUGGCGCUGCAACAGUAUCCUCUAGUGAGUCGGCUGUGGCUAUCCCUGCUCCAACGAAGGAGCAUUUGGAUGAGCGUGCCGAAGUGAACCCAGAAAUUGCUCACACUAGCGCAGGAGCUCUUGAGCCAUCUGCUGCCAUUGAGACGAAUUUCCAGCCCCACCAAGCUCAGUCCAAUGUGGCUGCCGCUCCACAGACCAUUGAAACGAGGUCAACGGAAUCGUCCUAUGCUGACCCCGAGGUUACUGAGGCAGCUUUGGGAACCGUCGGAGCCGAAAAGCAACACCCAGUCCCAGACUCUCUAGGAGUCAGACACAACAAUGAAGGCCCCAGCCGUGAGCAGCCAUCCUAUUCGUCCGGGGAAGCUACCGAGGUGUCGGUUCCUUCCCAGCAAGAGAAGAACGCCAAGCCCAAAAAGAAGAGAGGCCACAAGUUCAAGAAGAUGAUUGACAAAUAUUUUAUCAGCUCCUACAGCCGCUGA